GAGGGAAGAGAACUUCUACCCGGGAAUCUGUGAAGCUCCGCCCACAUUCAGCUCAUUGCGCACUGCAUUGAGGGGCUUCUCGAAUAUUCGGGACAGCCCGUUGUGUUGGUGCGUUUAUGUGUUUGUCUUUCUGCAGCUCAUCUCACAUACUUCUCUACAUCAGCUCAAUAUUGUUUGUGCUAAUUAAUGACUUCAUGCUCAAAGACCUCUUAAUUGAAAUUCUUGACUUUUGAUAAAACAUAUUUUAAUUGAGUGUUUUAAACCAAACAACAGGGCAGAGAGUGCACUCUACCCUCUCGUUCUUUCUCAGCCUUCAGUAGGAGACCCUCUCAGCGCCUUCUGAUACCUACUGCCACAUCAGCUAGAACACCUCUCCCUGUACUCACAGAUCAGCUUUGUCAGCAAAUACCUCUCAUUGGAAUGUCUUAUUCCUCACUCAGUGAUAUGGCUCCACAUCUCAGGCUCCCUGUUCUCCUUUUAAUUGUCCCAUAUGGUUAGUGUCAUCAGGAGACAGAAUUUUGGAAAGUUGUACUUGGCUCCCUUACUGUGGCUUAGUUCUAGUAGUGGUGAGGAGGAAAUAAGGGAACAAAUCACCGCCCCUAUGUUAGGCCUGCGCUUGACCAAAAAUGUUCCUAGUCGACCAGUAGCCGCAGUUCAAGCAAUAAGUGUUUUAGCUUCACAAAAUGGUUUCAGUUACAGGGCUGAGAAACAGUGUAAUAAGUAUACAUCAACAUCAUGGUUCAUGUAUAAAACAUAUUAUACAUAAGUGUAAUAAAGAGCCUAAGCCCAUACGGACCGCAAGAAAAUAACAGAUUUGUUUCACCACACGUGUAGCAAAAUUAAAAUGUUGCCAAGGUUCAUUAUAUAUGAAGGUCUAUAUUUAUUUUUAAAAGGCUCGGCUACCGCCUGACUUGUCACUGCAGCUUCAUUCCUCCAAUCCUAGACUUCUCAUAUAAUGAGGAGAGAGCAUAUAUUUUCCCACGUUGUCAGAGAGAAGUGUCUCUGUGUCUUGCUCUUUGAAUUUGUGUUUCGGCUCAUAUGUUGUAUAAUUUUUUUCCUACCAUGCCAGGCACAUUUUUGCCCUCAGAGUUUGCAUGUCACCUUCUCGGGGUCUUCCUCUACAUGCACAAAUUAUCCAACACUUAGGAUUUCCUGCUCAACAUAAUUGACUCAAUGACCAGGCACAACUCCUGAAAGAAGUGUGAGGGGUUUUCCUGCAGACACGACAAAGCACAGCCCCCGGAUGGAGUUUAUUUUUAUUUUCUUUAUGCAACUAAUAGACUAAUGAAAAUUGCUCUCGCCAAAGACUUUUUUUUAGCUGACCAACGUUUGGUGUACUAUUAGGGGGCAGCCCUUCCUUAUUAAAUUCAAUCUCAUGCUGCUUCUUCCUGCAUUCAGUUGCUUUGACUGUAGCUCUUGUGAUAGUCAGUAUAAACACAGAGAGGUAUUAAAACACGGUUGUGAUGUGUUUAGGUUUAUAUCUGUCCUUUUCUGUUUGACAGAUUUGUCUGCCCUCUUAUCUCCCAUGGCGUCUCCAGGAGUGUUGCUUGACUGGACCGCAGCCAGAUUUGAGCCCGGCCCAGUGCUGUCCCCUCUGACAGCCAGCCCGCUGCAUCCCAGGGAGGACACCAGGUCCAAUUUCAGAUACGCUGAGGAUUUGCCUGCUCAGCUGAUUAAUGUGCCUUACACCAACACAGCAAGUAAAUCUGCUGAAGAGGGGAAAAAAGAAAUUCCCCAAAAGGACAUUGUUCUGAAAAAUGCUGAGUCAUGGGCAAAACUGGUGAGGCAGUCAGUAACUACAACUGCUAUCAAGUCGUCCAAGGAGAGCUUCAAACUGUUCCGUAAGGUUGCUCAAAAAAAGGAAGAACUUGAAAAAGCCCUGAAGAAGAAACAGGAGAGGGAGGCUCCUGAGAAGAGCAGCUUACCAGGCCCUUGUGAAGCAGACACUAAUCUACAGCCUAUUGGGGAGGAUCCUGAAUCACCCGAGAGCGUUUCUAGACAAACUCUAGACGCUACUAAGGAUGUUGAGCUGCAAAAGGCUCCUGUAGAAACCCAACCUCUAAGCACAGAGUCUGCGGUGGAUAUGAGGAGAGAGAUGGCCCGCAGGAAGGAGCAAGAACGACGCAGGCGAGAGGCUAUGUCUGGUAUAGACAUGUCUCUGCAGCGAGACAUCAUGAAUUCCUUUGAGCUCGCCCUGGACUAAAGAAACUACUUGAAAAAGAUAUCCCUCUGUGCCAAACUGAGCAUCGUCUCAGUGAAUAACCCGAGCUGCUGUGAAGAGUUAUUGUGAAAAAAAAACAUUGAACAAAUAUGAAUGGCCCCUGAAAUGUUGCACUGACACACUGCACUGUUGGAUUUGAGAGGAAUGGGGUGAUGCACCGACAAACCUUAAGCUGAUCUUUUGUGCAAGUUUAUCUGUUCUUUUCUCCUUUGUGUGAAAGUUGUGUAUGACAAGCUAUUUUGUGCAUGCAUAUACUGUAGUUCAAUUGUCACAUUGUCUUGUUUGCUGAAAAGUGGCAGUGUUGUUAAGUUAUGUUUGUUAAAUGAUCCCAUCUGAUCAACCCUUACCACCAUCUUUCACUUCAUCCUGACCAAACACUGUUAUAUGUUGAUGUUACAUGCACACAUGACUUUAUUUUCUUGCACAAAAGUACAUUUUGACCCAAGGUUGGUAGGUCCUUGUCAAUGUUUCCAAUGUGGAAUAGAAGUUAAUAAUCUCAGUUCCUUCGUUGUACUACUUGAAAAUGUCAUAUAUUGUGUUAACUGUACACACACUGCACUUUGUUGUUCAUACAGUUCUCACUGUUCCAAAGCUGCUUUUGGAGAUUAUCGACAUGUUCUAUAUGUUAGAGUUUGUUACAGAAAUAAUUUCUUCUUUUUUUGGAUCAAAGUAAUAAAGUUAUUUUCACUAAGCAAUCCGCAUCACUUCA